CAGCAGGAGGAAACGCUACAAAGCAAUAAUUAACUAAGCUUUUCCAUAAUACAAAAUUUCAUAUUUUUUUUUUAUCAACGGAAUUAAUAAUAUUUGAUCGUCAAAAUUUAACAAAUGGACACGCCCGAUUGGAACUCAAAGUCGGUAGGCGACAAUGUGUACGAACCGUCGGAAGACACGUUUUUAUUGCUGGACGCUCUAGAGAAGGAUUUAGAUGCACUGAACAAAACUAUCGUCCAAGACGGCGGCGGCGGCGGAGGUGGUUUGAUUUUGGAAUUGGGAAGCGGUUCGGGCGUGCUGACGGCGGCAAUGAAAAAAGCACUGGGUUCGAAUGUUCAUUGUGUGGCCGUCGAUAUAAACCCGGCGGCGUGUCUGACAACACUCGAGACAUGCUCCCUCAACAAUGUCGAUGUGGACGCCGUGAACGCCGAUUUACUAAACUGGAUGUGGAAAUCCAGAUGUGUCGACGUGAUACUCUUCAACCCUCCGUACGUACGGUCUAUGGCCGACGACGACGAGCGGCCCGACGAUGAAAACUACAUCGGUCGAGCUUGGUGCGGCGGACCGGAAGACGGAGCCGACGUCAUUAGAGAAGUGCUACCACAAAUCGACAGGGUCUUGGCCGACAACGGUGUGUUUUAUUUGUUGAUGAUCGACUACAACCGACCCGAAGAAAUCGCCAAGCUCAUGCGUGACGAGUAUUCGAUGGGCCACACUGUUGUCAUGUCACGACGAGUGCCCGGCGAAUCUUUGGUCGUCUACAAAUUCCGUAGACUUUGAAUAGCGUUACGUGUUUCUCCCUCUUGUGUUAUGUGUUCAGCGGACGAGCCACUGCGGCCAUUCCUGCAUAUCAAAAUUAUUAUUAUUAUAUUACUAUUGUUAAGCGUAAACUAUAUUGUAAGCAUACUACUACUGUACCGUAUUAUAAUUAAGUCGAUUAAGUAUAAUAAAUAAAAUAACCGAAAAACAUGCCACCCCCCCGUAAGAAAAAAAAACAGCCAUAUAUUAUUGUAAUAAAAAGUCUAAGUAUGUUAAUAUUAUUAUUGUAAAAACCACUAUAAACGAUUUAUCUUAAACUUUGGGCGUUUGUGUAUGUCAACGAAAUCGAUUAUUGUGUAUUAAACAAGAUUGGGAAAAUUCAAAAAUUCCAUACACAGUACACCAUUUAGACAUACGACGUCGUAUUAUACUAUUACAGCUAACGGGUACGUAUUUUAAAAUUUCCAGGGCUAAUACUUUUUACUGCUCUCUCUCUCUCUCUCUUGCUGCAAUCCUACAGGUCUAUAAUAUUGUAAUAAUUAUUUGUUACAACAAUUAAAAACAAGUAAUAUGAAACGUUAAAG